AUGAACAGCAUCUUCGACGAUGUCCGUCGACUUGUUGAGCAGACGCAACCGUUUUUCCAAGCGCUGGUCAUUGGAAGGUGAGCUUUUUAUCAAUUUUUAUCUUUUCAGAAAACUACAUUUCUUCCCUGAGAACCAAGAAAGUAGAGCAAAAUUAUUGAAACCUUUCAAAAAGAGCCAAAAUAUUUUUAACCUUUGAUUUUGAAAGUGAAAAUAAACUUUUCAGCUCGCCUGACCCAAGAGAGCGCCGUUACCGACGACAAAGCGGCCCAACAAGAAUGGCGACGGUGAUGGAACAGACGAGCAUGCAAUCCAUCGACUUCAUAACUGAGCGCAAAACGCAACGAAGUGCUAGCGAAGAUGAACCUGUGAGUUUUUAAAAAUAAAUGAUCACUUUGAAAAUGACCGAUUAGUAAAAAAAAUUUUGUUUCGAAAAAAAAGAAAAGUAAAAUCCGAACUUUGAUAGAUUCUAGGUGGCAGAAAAAUGAAUGCUUUUUCCGCUGACCAAAACCUGCCCCCGAAAACCUUUUAUUCAAUCGGAAAAAAUCAAUUUCGUGGGGCGCCGUAGCGCAACAGGUUGUGUGCCUGUCUACGGUCCACAGGGUCACAAGUUCGACUCCCGCCUCAACCCAACCAAGGGGUUUAAGAAAGGUUGGUAGUGGGAAACCACGACCAUCCCCAGCCGUCACAUACAAGGACGGAUAGAUACCUGGAGCAAGUCAACUGAAAUCAGGAUAGGACCUCGGCUAAUCGACUUGGGGAGCCGAUUGCCGUUCAAGCGGUACAAAGACGUAGAAAGAAAAAAAAAAAGUUAAAUUUAUACUCAUAUGCUAAAAAAAAAUCCCAGCGAGUUAUUGCACCAUGACUCAAAAAACGCAUAAAAUCAAGAAGAAAAAUCUUCCGAGACAAAAAAAAAAUGGACAGAACUCAUAGAGAAAAGUUUGCUAGAUGGAGAGUUUUACCUUUUGUUUGACGCCGUUUUCGCCUUUUUGCUCAUUCUCAUCAGAUACCGACAGUGACCGCUAAGGAAACGGAUAUAUAUGUUCACAUCUUUUUUUCGAACUGUUUGGCUGCGACAUGAAUGAACUGAAGACUUAUCCAAUCGACUUUUUUUUUCGCUCACCUGAACUUUUUGAAAGCAUAAAAAACUCUCACGACCCCUGAUCCUUCAACACAGCUUUCGUGUUCAGUCCAAUGAUUUGAUGUUGCAAACUUUGUUUCGGAGUAUUCCAAUUUCGUUUACUCUCUACGAAAUUUUUUACGCUGUCCCACUUCCUAUUUGAUAAUGCCGCAAAGGCACCUGUUUUCAAGCACCUGACUUUUGGAGAAUUUCUUUGAUUUCUGUUAUAACAUUUUUUUGGGUUUUUCCAAGUUUUUCUUAAUGUGAAAUAAUAAUGGCUUUAAAUUUCUAUUCUCAUCAAUAAGGAAAUUUUAGCAACUGAAAAAUGAAAAAAAUAUUCCCAGCGGUUUGAUAAUACGAUUACAUCCGCAUUUUGGGAUAAGAGGCCCUGCCGCGUUCUAAACAAGUUGUUUUCCCAAUUUCAGACUCAUUUUCUUCCUUUCGAAGUUUCUUCGUCUAUUUUUAUUUUUCUCGAUUGCAGUUUUACUAUCAAUUUCGCGAAUGAAAAGAAAUAUGCAGUGAAAUUCAUGAAAAACGAUGUCACUCUUUUUGAAUUAGGUCAGAAAUUUUUUGACUAAUUUGUUAAUCAAGUCGCUAUUCAACUUGAUUGAAUACUGGAACGUUAUUCUUUUGUUGUAAUAAAAACAAUUUCCCCAAAUUUGUAUUUUUCAUCAUUUGAAACUACUAUUCAUGCACCUUUAUUUUUAUGCAUCGGCUUCCGCCUUUUUAAUUGAAAAAGUCUUGAGAAAUAUGUUACUGAUAAUGAAGUUCAGAGAAGAAAAAAUUUGAUUGUGUGGUAACUUUCUAUCAAGCUAGUAAUUUUAAGAAGACAAGCACCCAAAAAAUUCAAGAAUAUGUGAGAAAAAUCAUUGAGAAAAGGCAAGGCGAAACUCUCUUUCCUCCGAAAUCAAGGGCACAUUGUGCUCGAAGACGACUUCAACACGGACAGAGAGAAAAGAUUCGGUUUCAUUUUUGAAAGUUUGCUCCAAAAUCUGCCAAUUGUUUAUGAUCAUUUUUUUUUUUUGAAUUCAUCAACGCAGUCAACAUUCGAGAUUGUUAAUACUGAGCGAAAUGUAUAAAAUCUCGUUCCUAUUGCUCAUCUUAGAUCCAAUACAUGAUGUUAUUCAAAAAGUUUAAACUUGAUUUAUUUUGUUCUCUGCUCUGUAGGAAGCGAAAAUGAUCGAUGAGAGAAGCGAUAUGCGGACAAUAACGUCUGAAAAAAAUUUGAGCCGAACUCUUCCGGGAAUUAUUCCAUAUUUUCUGGCGGGCAAAUACUCGAACUCAAGUUAGAGACCCGUUCUUCUCACGUUCUCAAUAUUUUUUGAAUUGUUCGUUUUGGAGGAAAUCCUCUCAAUCCGAUCCAAUUCAAGCCAACUUUAUUUUUUUUCUUAUUUCAAGAAAAAAAGGAUUUGAUUUAUACUAAAUAAUUUAUUUUCAAAAAAAUCUGUUUCUUUGUCUUGAUUGAGUCUGAGAAAUUUCGUUCAGAAUUUUUUUACAUAUCAUGUUCAGUGAAAAUUCUCUCAAGCUGUUUCUUUUGUCAUUUUUCUCACACUCAUUGAGGUCAUCAAAGCGUCUCUGGGCCAUUUUCAUCAUACUUCCAGAGUGCAAAGGAUCUGUUAUCUUGAUCUGAUCGGAGCAGCUUUUUUUAUUGACUAAUUGAGAUUUUGAUGAAAGUUUGAAUUAUUGCGUUUUGAGGUCACUGGUUACAGUUCAUAGAAAAAGAAUCACUUUUCAGUUUUUCAGUGAAUUAUUAAGUCCCGAAAGAGGUUUCUGGCUCUCCUCAAGUUCAAAUUUUGCUUUUUGCAAGCUUUCAUCAAAAUUAACUACAGCCAAUUUUCCUGCAAAUAACUCGAAAUCUAUUUUUCGUUGUUUCGAGCUGCUCAACAGUACAUGUAAUUGGACCUUCUUUCCGUCGUUGAAAAAAGUAGAUGGCGUGUUUUGAAGAAAUUUGGGAACAAACUGCUUCGUCCACUUCCGCGACGUUCAUUAGCCCCGGCGUCGGCGCCGCGGCGCGUCCGUGACGCCAUUUCUCCCGCGUCGCGUUGGUCGACGUCGUCGCCUGUCGAAGAGACCAACGGAAAGAACGUGGUAUGUCAGUCUAAUAAAUGGAUGUUUCGAACAUUUUUUCAAGCGUUUCUGUUCGUCUUCAGCAGCGCUGAAACUCAUUAUUCUUGCGUGGAAUACAAAAAUCGCAUAAUCAACAUAAGAAAACAAAGAAUGAAGAACAUUAGAAAGUAAGGUACAUACGAGAAAACAAUUCUGAUAAAAUCGGGCUCAAAUAUUGUUCUCAUAAAUUGUGGAUCGCCUGUCUGAAAUAGCGAUUAAACAUUGCAUUUCUUAAAAAAAAGUCUUCAAUCGUUUUCAAUCAGUUAUUAGGAACUUCAAUUUUUCCUAGGAGAGCCUUGUUCAUUCUAAAGUGAAAACGUAUUUCUGUCAAGUCAAACUAAUGUUUUUUUUGAGAAGAAAAGUAUAAUUGUGAGUUGUGGAGACAGGAUAAAAAAACAGCUGCCAGGGCUUCCUGGCCUUGAAAUAGAUGCAUACUGACGUUGCUUCAUAAGAACCAAACAAAGUCAACAAUUUAGGUCUUCUCUACGUUUUCUUUCUCUUUAUAAGCACAGUUCAAGUUCUUCUCAAUCAUCAGUUUGAUUAUGUCGAGAAUUACUUCCAAGACCCAGUUAUGCCGGGAAGAAAGCUUGUUCUUAUUAUCGGAUACGCGCCCUUUUUGUUUUGUAAACAGGUCCGAAUAAUGCCUUUUAGCCCCAUUUACAUCGAUCUUUUGAGCUCACUCUCGUUUCAGUUACGUUGCUCUCAGAUGAAAACAACUUAUGAUUUUACCCAUGAGGCUUGCGGGCCAUGAGCUCUUAUACAUAGGCAUUUUUCACUCUUGAUUUCUGUUUCAAACCUGCUUUCUUCUUAUUUCUACUUUUUUCAGAUGUCCAGAUUGAGAAGAACGCUUCAUUUCCUAAAAAUAUGAUUUUUUUCCCAUUGUCCUGGUAUACUCCGAAAAGAAACAUUUGAGAUUGUUAAAAGUUUGAUUAAUUUUUGCAAGGAUGCAUUUCGAGGUCUCCUCACUCCUUGGACUUGGAAUAUAUACAAAUCUCAGUAUUUUUGCAUUUUCAUCAAAAUUUGAACGAGUCACCAUAAUAUAUUUUCUUUUUUGUCCUUAUAGGGGUGUUUUCUGUUUGAAUUAGGAUCCGAAGGAAUAUAUGUACAAUGGACGAAGUUUAUGCUAUAGUUUCAAUUCGAACAAGCUCAAAAACCGUCUUUGAGGUCUGAAAAAGUUAUGGCCUUUGCAUAUUGAGUAUCUCAGGGUCUUCUUUUGAACUCAUUUAUGAAUGGUAAGAGGUCUCGUUUCUUCGACCAAGAAAAACAUUUUUUUUUUCCAGGAGUAUCUAACAAGGAACUCAUUCUGGACUUUCUCGAAACUGUUUUGAAAAUUUUUCUUUUAGGACUAUGCAGAUAAUCUUAAAACUAAGACUUACACAAAUUUCUAAUUAUUGAUGAUGACAAAGACAACGGUUAAUCAUCGUGUUUUUAAAUGAUAUAUUUCACUCGAAAACUGUUCGCUUAACUUCCAGGAUUUUAUUCACAUCUCAAAACAAAUAUUCGAUGUUCAAAGAUUUGUUUUUUUUUGUUAAUGAGGUGGUUUCAAAUGUUCAGGCAAUCAGCCAAACCAGCGAAUCUCUGAGAAAAAGCUGACAGAAGAGCUAGAUACUCGGAAGCCGUGA